AUGGCACCUUUACACCUGGCUUGCCUAUUUGGACACCAGGAAGUAGUCAAUACUCUUCUUGAGUAUGGAGCAGAUGUAAAUUUGCGAGUCAAAAAGACUAUUGCAAUGGAAACACCAACACAUAUUGCAGCUGGAAAUGGCUACAGUGGUGUGAUUGUUAAGGGACUUCUUAUAAAAGGUGCUGAUCCAAAUAGUAUUGCAUCAAACCACUUGAAAACACCCUUGCAUGUAGCAGUCAGUGAAGGCCACCUAGAUGUUGUCAAAAGUUUACUCCUAGGUGGGGCAAUGACUGAUGUUUCAAGGCCUACUACUCUGAGUAGAUGUGCUUCCUGGUGCAGUCCACUUUAUAAGGACAUCUUGAAAUUAUUAAGGUCCUUGUUCAACAUGGAGCAAACAUUGAUGCCAGAACAGAAGACCCAAGAGGUGUUUCUGCAUUGCACGAGUCUGGAGUGAAACUGGACAUUUUUGAUAUCAGUGGUUUUAGUCCAUUACAAAUUGCUGCAAAACAUGGUUAUACAGAUGUAAUGGAUUUGUUCUUAAAGGCAGGCAUGACGGCUGACCUCUGUUGUGUUGACCCAAUACAUACACCCCUUGUCACUUCAAUCAUAUCUGGUCAAUAUAGUUCUCUCAAAACUCUCCUUGAAGCGGGUCCGAAAGUGGAUGGUGUGCUGAAUAAUGGUGCACCAUUGCAUCAGGCCAUACGUCUCGAGCCCACCAAUCUUCUCAUUAUUGAGCUUCUGGUUUCAUUUAGUGCCAAUGAACAUGUUCCUGAUGAAAUAGGCUAUUUUCCUCUCCACUGUGCAGCAUACUAUGGACAGUACGAAAUAGUGGACUUUUUCCUGCAACGUGGUCACAAUCAAAACCAGUUGUCUGAGUGUCCUGACGACAUUGGUCAGUGUGAGACAGCCCUUCACUGCGCUAUCUAUGGUGACAACCCGGAUGUCGAGCGGCUUCUUGUCAAGGCAGGUGUUCGUGUUAACUCUCAAGCCCAGCCUGGAAAACAGACACCUAUAUAUUAUGCUGUAUUAAACCGGAAGAUUGGAAUGGUAGAUCAGUUGAUUAGUCUUGGUGCAGACAUCAAUUUUAAAGAUGCAUCUCGUGCAACACCACUUCAUCAUGCCAUAUUUGGUCAAAAUAAUGAAAUUGUAACAAUGCUAAUUCAAAAUGGUGCAUUUCUAGAGGCCAAGACUCUCUGCGAUGACUUGACCCCUUUGCAUAUUGCCACAAUAGAUGGGACAGAUGACUCUGUUAUGUUGUUGAUUGAUUUGGGUACAUCUGUAAACGAGUCAUCUACACAUGAAGAAACUCCUUUACAUAUUGCUGCAGAAUUAAACUGUGUCCAGAAAGCUGAGACCUUGUUACAAAGUGGUGCAGAUGUGAACUCAAGUGAUUGCAAUGGAACUACUCCCCUACAUCUUGCAUCAGGAAGAGGAUACGAUGCCUUGGUUAAGAUUUUGUGCAAACAAGAAGAGGUCAAAAUUGAUUUUGUGGAUUGUGAUGGCAUAACACCCUUGCACUUGGCUGCUUUCAAUGGUCAUAAAACAGUUGUCCAGAUCCUUCUCGGUGCAGGCGCAGAUCAUAACGUGACGUGCAAUGGGGAAUCAAUUGGCAACAUCUGCUGUCGGAGAGGUUCUGCUGAUGUGUCACAACUUUUAUCAGGAUUUCAGGCAACUAUACAACCUGUCAAAAAAAGUGAACAAACUAAUUGCGUGACUCUGCCAAGGUAUUUAACGACAGUCUUGGAUACAGAUGGCAUCGGAAGGACUCCACAAUCAAAUCAGGCAAGCCAUAUUAUCCGCAUUGUAACUGUUUUCAUAAAAGACUUGAUGAAAGCUGUUGGAGAAGCUGACCCACGUUUUGCUUGUGAAGUCACCUUAUCAGGGAGUAAUGCUGAAUCCUGCAAAGUUAGGGAGCCCAGUGAGUUCGACUUUAUGUUCUAUUUGCCAUCCUUAACUGAAAACUUUGCACCAUCCUAUACCCCUGAAGACAAGCCAGGCUACUGCAAAGUUGCAUUUAAAAAAGGCAACGACAGUGAACUCGUCAGAAACUUGUUAAAGGAUGGCAAAUAUCUCUUCCCGCAGAGAAUCAAAGCCUGUCUCUUCAGCUUGAUUGAAGAUGUAUUCUUAUCUAAGAGGGUCAAGGUUUCACAAUAA